UUUCCAUUUUACUACGCCACGCAAAAGUACAGGUGAUCUCGGGAUAUUUAUUUCAAAAAAGCAACAUACAGUUUUUGGUCAACAUUUGGGCCAGGAAAACAGUAGCAAUGAUUUUUUAUUUGCUUGGUACAAUCUUAGUGGCUGGACCCGCUUUCACCCAAAUACUGAAAUAUCCAGGAGACGUAUGCUCAAUAGAACUGCGUGACAACCACGAGUGUCUGCGUAACACGGGGUGUAUUAAGACGGGGGUGUUUGACAAUGGACAGGACAAACGACAGUGCAUGUGCAGCGAGGGAAGAAUACUCGACCCCACUCUCUGGUGCAACGACUGCGAUCCCGGUUGAAGGACCCCUCAAUCCGGGAGAAGUGGUGUUAUGAGUCAUGUGACAAGAACAUGGAGUCCGCCUGCGACCCCAGAGCCACCCAGAAGACAUGCACAGUGGCUAAACUGGACUUGGGCGAGGAGGACGCCAACGUGUGCAGAUGUCAAGCUGGCUACGUGCAGGCAGACGAUGGUACCUGCAGGUCUGCUCUGCAACAACUCAACUGCUACACCUGCAAUGACACUCUCCCCUGCCAGGUGAGACAGAGCCAGGAGAGCAACUACUUCGACACCUGCAAGGAGGGGGAGUUCUGCUGGACCACAGCCAACUGGUACUGGAACUUCGACCAUCUGAGCUGGGAGAACAUUACAUACAGGAGAGAGUGUCACGCGAAUCCCUGCAAGAAUCCGAACGAGGACUUCUGCACCGAUGACCCCUACCACCCGGGACACCACAUAUGCGUCACCUGUUGCACCACUGGACUAUGUAACAACAGAGUGCUGUCCCCAAUGGUUUCGGAGGCAGAAGGGGUGCUGUACAGGAAAAUGGGAGUGGGGGCAGCAGUGGGUCUGGUGUUCUCUUCUCUCUGGGUGGUCUUGCUCAACUAAUGUGAACUGACUUUGGGAACCCUAAUAGGCACUUAUUAUCCAUGGACAGGCUGGACAGCCUUUCAUACAUCCUCUGCGAAUUACACAAAAUACAAUUGAGUGUAUUAUUUGAAGAUCCUUAUAGAAAAUGGUAUUCAGUCAUCCAUAUACAUUAAAAAUUCUUGCAAGGUAGCAAAUCGAAUCGCAUAUAGAAGUUCUUAGUUAAAUAAUUUCUCCAAAAAACUUACAAGAUUGUACAAGAGAGCCCAACUUAGUUCACAAGGGGCAAAAUCUGAGUUUAAAUUGUUCUUUUUGCAUACACAAACGUUUAUGUCUCAAAAAUGUGCCGAAAAACGACCAGAGUGAACAAAAAUAAUUUAAAAAAGUAUUAGAAAAAUCUGAUUUAACACGCACAGAUUAACGCCCAGAGUCAGGGGCGGAUUAAGGGGUGGGGGGGGGGGGGGCGGACGUUUCCUUUCCCUCAGAGAUUCGACCCCUUGCCGACCCAAAGAGUCCCCCUUUUGAACUAUUUUGAGAUAACCAAUUUUGGCUGAUGGACCCUAAAAUUUUUCUAAAGGCGCCUUUGGCGCCAAUCUAUACUAACUUUGAGGGGUGAGCGCGCGCCGACAAUCGCGACUUUUUGGUAACCAUUUCCAAAAAGUGCCUAAAAACGCUUUUUUGGCCUGUUUUUUUUCAAAAUUUUGCCAAAAUAAGGACUUUUUAGUGCUUUGCAGAACUCGGAAAACCAAUUUGGUCGAAAUAUAAAAAGGUCGACAAAAUUUCGAAAAUUUUUUGAAAAAGCGCCCCCUCCCCUACGCCCAAUGAACCACC